ACCAGGGCACCCGCCUCCCAUCCCACGUUCCAGGCUCUGGGUGACUCAGGGCCAGACGGGUUGAGCAGCUCUCGUGCUGCUGCCGCCCCCGCGGGAGGCCGGCAGAGAUCCCACAUCCAAAGCCCAUCAGAGGAGCUGAGCCUGGGACCCUUGGUAAAGGCACUUCAGCAAAGGGACCCAGGCAUCCGACUGGGACCCUCCCUCAGGUGCCUUCUCCUCUCUCCACAGACUGGGACCCUCCCCUCUGCUCCUGCCUCCGGGGAGGAUGGGAGGGCCUUGUGUCCGGAACACCCCAUAUAAGGGGGUUCUGAUUGCAGGCUGUCUCCUGUUGUGCUGGGGUCCCCGCCCUGUGGUUUGUACUGUUGUGGUGCACGUGAUCCCGGAGGCUCCGUCCGUCGGGCAGAACGUCAUUCUGUCCGUGGAAGCCGGCCUGGAUCCCCUGCGUCACUUCGACUGGUACCGGGGGCGGCUGGCUGAUGGCAGCACCCGCAUCUUCAGCUACUCCCCGGGGCAGGAGCGCCCCCAGCGCAACGGGGUGCAGUUCACGGGCCGCGAGGUUGGCUUUCCCAACGGGUCUCUGCUCCUCCGGGGCGCCCAGGCCAAUGACAGCGGCACCUACCAGGUCGCUCUGCAGCUGGUGCCGCAGGCCAGCGAGAAGGGCACCGUGGAGCUGCGGGUGAGCGCACCAGCGACCACCCUGGGUCCAAGGACACUGCUCCCCCCGGGCUCAGGCACAGGGCCUCCCCCGGCCACAGCGGCCCCCAGCACCCCGCAGGUCCUGGGCUGGGUGGUGGCGGGGGUCGUGGUUGGGAUUUUGCUGACCGGAGCUCUGGGAGCCGUGGUCAUCUACCACCUCGUCCUGCGCAGGUCGGACCUGGCCAGAGGCUCCACAGGAAAACUGGAUCCCAAAGGGAAGAAACCACAAAGAUCUGCCAGGGAUGACAUGGAGCCGAUUUACGAGGUGAUGGAGUCUCCCUUGGAGUUGCCGCAGCCGGAGGGGAGAAACCCUGAAACUGACCCCCAAGCUCCCCCGGCCAUCCCCUUGCCUCCCCAGCCAGACCCCAACUACACGGAGCUGCUGAAGCGAGCCGAGUCCGUGUAUGCCCAGAUCCAGAGGUGACGCCAGCCGCAGAGGCCACAGGGGGGGACCCCCCUAACAGGGCACCGCCCAGGGAUGCCCCCCACCAUGGGAAAUCCCCCCAACGAGGAGCCACCCAGGGACACCCCCUGCCAUGGGGAACUCCCUGAGGGUCCCCACAGUUGGGAUCCCUGACCACAAGGACCCCACCCAUGGGGAACCCCCUACCCUGGGGAACACCCAUAGAAAAACUGGGGUACGGUCCUCUUCCAGGGACCCCAAUGGGCAGCUGCACCCACACAGAGCCUGAGCACCCCCCAGUGGGGUACCCCUCAGCAAACCUGGGAACCCUCCACAGCACCCUUGGCCCUCCCAAAGGGAUCCCCUCCCAGCAUCCAUGGAAACCCCUAGAGACACCCCCUCCCCCCAGCAGUGAUAACCCCCCAGGAGAACUCCCACCCUCAGCCUCCGGGCCAGACCUUGCACCCUGGGGAUCCCCCCCAUCAGCAUCUUCAGGGACCCCCCCACCCCCAAACCCAGCCUCCCGGAGCCCUGCCUGGGCUCCCUCUGACGCCGGAGCCAGGAUCAAAUCGCUGGAGGAAGAGCUGGAGGCCGGUGUUGGGAGCAGAUGGGGGGCGCCCCCACCCCACUAUUAAACCUUGUUCCUC